CACGGCAGCUACAGUUCUGCUCCAGUGCACAGCCUGGCAAGGGAACCAGACUCUUUGGGACGGAACACGUAAAUAUUUUGACACGCAAUAUGACGGAGCGUACCUGUUGAGUUCACACUAGCAGAACGGCUCUCCCCAGCCACGGUUCUCUCCUGCCCUUCCUCCACGUCUUCCUCCCCACCCCCUCAAAGAAAAGCACGGGCUCUGAGCGCUGGACAGUAUUUUAUUAUUCACCUGAAACCUGCAGUCACUCUACACAAGAGGGAUUUUUGGUUUUUAUCCCUGGUCUACUGCUCAGGGUCUGGUUCAAGGUGAACGAUCCCUGUGGGUGUGCGUGUGUGUGCACGCAUACAUUACCAGGAGCCCCUGAAAAUCCUGAGCAGCCGUUCUGUAACUUUACAGCAGGCCGUCGACCGAAGGAAGCUCAUGGUUACAGACCACAGUUUUUAAACGGGACCGCUGUCGCCAAACAGGAUCGCCGGUCUGGAACGCGUCUGAAUUCUGCGUCCAACCAUCUUCACAUCUGACCUCCCAGUUGUGGUCAGUCGCCUGGAGGAUCCUCCCUCCCCCCACCAUGUUUCUUCUGCUCCCUUCCUGGGCAGAAAAACCACUAUAAUAGAAACCAGACCUGAUGCAGAAUGCCAGGCGUGUGCUGAAGGGAGAGGACUUCUCGGCGAGAGGGAGGACGGAGGACAGCCGCAGCCCCACUCGCUGGCUGGUGGAGGCGCUCCAGCUCACUUGACUGGCCUCUGACGCGAUGCAGCUGGCUGGGGGCUGCUACUCCGAAAGCGGGGAGAUUUAAGGACACGGCGGCGAGGAUGUGGAGGGGGCUGAGGCUGAGGAGAGCGACUGCGACCCUACACCGUCUUAUCUGAACAGUCCCUAUGUCCAACAUGAGCUGGAGUUUUCUCACACGCCUCCUGGAAGAGAUCCACAACCACUCCACUUUCGUGGGGAAGGUGUGGCUCACGGUGCUCAUCGUCUUCCGCAUCGUGCUGACGGCCGUGGGGGGCGAGUCCAUCUACUCGGAUGAGCAGUCCAAGUUUACGUGCAACACAAAACAACCGGGCUGCGACAACGUCUGUUACGACGCAUUCGCCCCGCUUUCGCACGUCCGUUUCUGGGUCUUCCAGAUCAUCAUGAUUUCCACCCCGUCUGUCAUGUACUUGGGCUACGCCAUCCACAAGAUCGCCCGCGUCUCCGAGGACGAACGCCGGAGGCCGCGGCGCUCACGCAAGAAGCCCCCCGCCGUCAAGUGGAACGCCAAUCGCUCCAUGGAAGAGGGGCUCGAGGAGGAUGAAGACGAGGAGGAGCCCAUGAUCUAUGAAGAUGCCCUCGAGGUACAGGAGCCUAAACCCGACCUUGCCGUGUUUCCCAGCCGGGACCAGCAGAGACAUGACGGCCGACGCAAGAUCAGGCAAGAGGGCUUGAUGAAGACCUAUGUGCUUCAGCUCCUCGCCCGUGCCGUCUUCGAAGUUGGCUUCCUUGUUGGCCAGUACCUGCUGUAUGGUUUCCGGGUAAACCCUUCAUACAUCUGCAACCGCGUCCCCUGUCCCCACAAUGUGGACUGUUUCAUCUCUCGGCCCACAGAGAAGACCAUCUUCCUCCUCAUCAUGUAUGUGGUCAGCUGCCUCUGUCUGGUGCUCAACGUCUGCGAGAUGGCCCACCUGGGCAUCGGCUCGUUCCAGGACAUGCUCCGCAAACGAAGGAACAAGGGCACCCGGACCUCCUACAACUACCCCUACACCCGGAACAUUCCGGCUUCCCCCCCAGGUUACAAUCUAGUGGUGAAGACAGACAAGUCUGACACGGUCCCCAACGGCCUCAUCAGUCAUGAGCAGAAUCUUGCCAAUGCGGCACAGCAGCAGCAGUGCACCAGCCCAGAUGAAAACAUCCCCUCAGAGUUGGCCAGUCUCCAUAGGCACCUCCGUGUGGCGCAAGAACAACUGGACAUGGCAUUCCAGACCUACAACAGCAAGGGCCAGCCACAGCCCUCCAGGACCAGCAGCCCUACCUCAGGGGGCACCAUGGCAGAGCAAAACCGCAUCAACAUGGCGCAGGAAAAACAAGGAGCCAGGCCCAAAUCCAGCACAGAAAAAACAGGGACGGUUGUAAAAAACGGAAAGACAUCUGUAUGGAUUUAAAACUGCUCAGCAUUCAGACUGAUUAUGAUUCACUUAUGUUCUCUGUGUUAUUUAAGUUUCUUAUGAGUCAUUCUUUGAUAGGACUUGCAUGCCUGUCAUAAAGGAUUAAAAGAUACUUUCACUUUCCAUUUCAGUUGAGCUAAGCAGUCCUUAACUGAAUGUCUUUUGAACCAAAUUCUCCCCAAACUAACCAAAGACAAAGCAGUGCUUUGUUCUGUUAUCAGAGGUGAGAAACCUGUGCUCAAAGUUGAGAAGCGGACGAAAGAAAGGCGACGAUAUGCUAGGCUUUCUGCAAGGUACCAUCAGGAAUUAGGCCUGCAAACUCAGCACCGUUGCAGUUCAUGUUUGCCCCGAGCAGAGGGUUGAGAUGGCUCAGAAGAUGUUCGGAUGAAAUUUUCAUGGAAACUUGGCACUGACAUAAAUAUAUUGUACGUAAACCUUGGGGCAGCAGGUGUUACACGUACUGGCCACAAAGAAAAUAACCACAAAUCCAAGGGGCUUAAUUGUUCAAGGCCUUGUCAAGAUUCCUGUGUCUUUUCUUUGGGUGAUGUCAAUUAUUUACAACAAUGGAUACUUUACAGCUCCCUCUCGUUUCAUUUUUCAAACUUUGUCCUGGUUUAAGUGCAAAUUUUUCAGGCCUCGAAAAUGAAAACUCAGCAGUUUUCUUGAAUGGUCAAUCGUAAAUUUCAGCAUAUAUUGUGUCUUAGUCAUAUUUUCUCUUCUCUGUGCAGAAAAAGAGCUCAAACUGCCUUCUUCCUUCAGCCUUGUUGUGGACCAACUUGUGUGUAAGUGCCAGUAUUAUAAUUCAUCAAUCAUACAGCCCUUUGAUUUACAAAAAUCCUUCUAUAUAAUCUGUAAAUUAUUUGACUGACAUACAGUAUUAAAUAUUAAAUGAAUUGUAAUCUGUGUUGCUAAUUUAUGGAAUCUAUACCUAUACAGAUGUAUUAGGCCAGUUGUUAAUAUGAAUUGUUGAUAGAAUUGUUCAUGCACUUGAAAAGUCUAUGCACUCUAUUUUAGCCAAAGAGGGGAGAAUAUUUGAUUGGCUCUUCACUAUUUAUGCUGUGAGUGCUCACUACUAAGCAGUAAGAAGCAGAAGAUUUUUAAUAAAUGAUCCAGUGACCACUCUGAAACUAAACUCAAGACAGGAAUCAAAAAUAACCAAGUACAGUAGAUAGAUUUGCAACAUUCACAGAACAAAAAAAUAACCCCCUGCCAAUUUGCUAAUAGCAAAGCAGCUUGACAUUUUCAGUACAAAUGUCCUUCCAGAGGUAAUUUUUAUUACUUUCACAUGGUAAUGACUGGAGGAGAGGAAUGACACCAGACAGAUGAACAUGAUUCCCAAAAUGUUAUGUUUUUGGUACAAGUUAGCUUAAUACAGCUCCUUCAAAAGGCCUGCUUUGAAAAAAAAUAGACAUUGUGAGUUAAUAUGCAUGGAAAGACAAAAGGAACUUUGUGGUAAUUUCUCAGCAAACUCAGAGGGAAAUGCGAGUUUUUGACAUUUACCCCAUUAAUGACUGAGGAUGUGUAGCUUUCAAAUUAAGAGGCUCAGCUGGUAUAUGAGCUCACUCUAGUGCUUCAUUCUUAGGAUACAUUUUCAUUGUAACAUUUGAAACUGUAAUAUGGAUUUAUUUAAUUGUUUUAUCUUACUGUAUGUGAAUACAUGUUAAACUGAAAGUGUUUGACUUGGUUGUAUUUUGAUGGACUUGUUUGAUAUGCAUAGUUUUUUUUUUCAUAAUAAUUAUACUGUGAUUAAAUAAAAGCAAUAAUUCUUCUAAUAAACAUAUAGGGUUAAAUAUUCUUAUAUAUUUUUUUUAGCAUAUAUGCUUCCAAAGACAUUCUUUUUAUGACGUCCUUUAAUGUACAACCUGAAUUCUCAAUUCAACAUGACACGUAUUUGAGUAGCUGAAAGAGACUUACCCCUGCUGCUAAAGUGGGUGGUUAUUGUAAGAGACCAAAGGUUCAACUGGUACCAGCAGGAAAAGUUUCAGGCUGUGGUGAGCAUAGACUCCAUGUAUGUGCCAUACUCAUUCGUGGAAAAUGUGUAUUUUCUGAGCAUUUUUCAUCAAUGGUGCAGCUGCAGCAGCAUUUAUAGCAGGGUUCUUCAACUCUGGACCUCGAUUCCAAACCCAGGUCGUGUUUUCAGUUCUCCCAGGUAGUUG